AUGUCGCUGGAAACUCGAACUUAUGUCAACCAAUUUAUGGUUGCUGUGGAUCAGACAUCUGAUAGACCAAAGGAGGCCGUGACAGAAUUGAUCCUAAUGAUAGAAGCCAAUAAGCUCUCAUUGUUAGACUUCAUCAAAAAUAUGGGAGACUUUCUAACUGAAGAGUCUGAAAAUGUGAGAUCACGCUCAUUAUUACUUCUCUCGUCUGUUUUAUCUCAGAUUGAUAAGAACCAGUUGAUGGUACAGGAUAUCAAGGUUCUGUUGGCUUUCUAUACGUCUAAAUUAGACGAUGUGAAAUGUACAAAGGAGAUUCUUUUGGGAAUCGAUGCUCUAAUCAAGAUGGUUAGGUUUCCAUCUGAUGAGUUAGACAAUUUAUUAGUUCAAAUAACCAAUAAAUACCAUCCCACUGAUCAAUUGGCCUCAACAAGAUGCGUUGCUUUUGAUAUACUAAGAGAUCUGUUGUCCAAAUUUGAGGAUCACUUGGUAGCUUGUCUUAACGAUCAAUUUAUUGACGCAUUUGUUAAUAUAACCACCAAUGAGAAGGAUCCAAAGAAUUUGAUGUCUUCCUUCCAGUUGAAUAAGAGCAUCUCGAUGAAAUUCGAUAUCGGUGCCAAAGAAGAGGAUAUGUUUGAUUGUAUUUUCUGCUAUUUUCCUAUAUCUUUCAAGGCGCCAGACAAUAAUCCCUACGAAAUCACGGGGGAUCAACUUAAAAAGGCACUGAGAGAUUGUAUGUCGUCCAAUUCUGUCUAUGCAAAGGAAGCUUUUCCAAACCUUGUUGAGAAAAUGGCUUCGACAUCUCCUUCUGUCAAGAUGGAUGUUCUGAUGACAAUCAAACAGUGUAUAGAGAAUUACACAGCCUCUACUGUGGAAGAGUACUGGAUUUCUCUUUGGAAUUCACUUAAAUUCGAGAUUUUGCAUCGAGAGUUGGCCAGUGCUGAUAAUAUUCAUGAUAUGUUCAAAUACUAUGAAAAUGCAGAAAGCGAAGACGAAAGAACCGUGGCUGUUACUCUUCAGAUUUUUGAGUCGUUCUCAAGAAAGUUCGUUGACACUGGAAUGAAUUCUUAUCGUGACUACUUGAUCUUGGUGUUUGAUUCAUUGAAAGAGUAUCUUAGCGAUCCAGAAAGCACUAAGCUUAAGCAGGCCACAGUUAUCAUAUCUGUCAUGUGUGGUGCCAACCUCAAUACAUAUAAUUUACUUGUUCCCAAGACAAUGGAGGCGUUUCUUGCUCCUUUGAAGAAGGAUGAUAUAAGCAUUAAAGACCAAAGAGCGCUACUUCGAAAUGUCCCAUUCAUGUUGGAUAGCUACCACCAGUUGUUCAACGAACGUGGGCUUGCAAUUCAACCUACAAAUUGUAUGUUCAGAUUUAAGGACGAUAUUCAUACUCUUCUAAGCCGUGCUUUACUCUCAACAUCUACCUUGGAAGUCACUCUGCGUUGUUUGGCAAUCAAAUUGGUUCUGAAACUUUUUAAGUUGAAAGGGUUCUUGGAACCAGAAGAGUGUCAGUUAAUUGCGCAAUCAUUGACGGAUGUGUUACUUGAAGAUGACAAUCCACAGACAUUUUCUCAGGCAUUGGAUGCACUUACCAGUAUAGCCAGAGACUAUCCAAUGAUCAUUUUGGAGUAUACCAUUCCGAAAUUAGUCAUCUUACUUCCUGAUAGUGCUCGAGAAUCUGCUUCUCACUCAUUGAAUACUGUGGAUAUGUCGAAAGAAAAGGUUUUGGAUGUGUUGUUUAUCAUUUCUGACAAUCGGCUUAUUAUCAAUUCGGUAGUCAUUCGGCUUUUGAAUAAGUUGGAGGCAGUUCUUAAAAGAAAAGAUGAUAUUGCAGAGGAAUACUAUGCGAAGUUGUUACUCUUCUCUCUUUCUAAGAUUCUAGAGAAAUUGACCUAUGCCGAUUCUACUAAUGAGUACUUGAAGAAGUUCAUUCCUCGUUUCCUAUCGCUUGUGCUUCCCGCUCUAGUCAUCGACCAAGAAUCAUGCCUUUAUAAAGAUUCAAUUGCAGCAGAGUACAUUGGUCGGAUUUUGAAAGAAGUAGUGGCUAAAUGUGACGGUUCCUUUCACCAACAAUUGUUCAACGAUGCUUUCAAGUUGUUUGUUGAGGGAAAAUGUACGGAUAAUGAUAAUAGUCUUCUUCAUACACCACUUAGUGAGUGUAUUAACAUUGAAGACAGCAGAUAUGCAACGUCAUUCAUUGUCUUUACUGGAAUUUGCUCUACUGUAGAUUAUAGGACUGUGAUCUUUCCAGUGGAUCCAGGUGAUUUUGUGGACUCUUCCAUUGAAAUUCUUCACAGAGAAAAGCUUAAUCUAGUGGAGAGGCAGGCAGUUCUACAGACUAUCUCGUUAGUGGUGAACAAAUGGUUUAAAAAAGAACAGAAGGAGUAUUUACAGAAGAAGAGUGAGAAGUUGGAGGCUGAAACAGAGGGUUCUUCCAGUACUGCUAGUAUUGCCACAGCAUUGGAAGUUUAUGCAUGGUUAACUAAGGGAUUGCUAUUGAAGAAUGAUGAGAUGAGUGAAGAGUUUGUACAACACUUGAUAAGAUUGUUGGAAAAUGGUGGUACAGUGUCUCAUUUAGUUUCCCGUUGUUUUGAAAUCUUGGUAGCUGAUGCCGAUGGCUUUACUAUGUAUAAACGACCAGGAGCGUUUGGCAAACUGGUGGUGUUGAAUGUGAACGUUCGGACAUUCUACAAGCAAAAGUUCGUGGAUUCAACUUUGCCUGUUCUCAUUGAGAAAUUUAGGGAUUCUGGAUCCAACCGCAAAGAAUAUCUCCUAACGAUUUCUCUUAUUAUAAAGUAUGCGGAGAAACAGGUGAUCAUGCCCCAUUUGAAGGAAAUUAUGCCAGUGGUAAUGACGGCAUUGACUCAAAAAUCGAGUUUAAUUAUUUCGUCUGCUUUGAGUAUCUUAGAAAUAGCCAUCGAGGAGGCAGGUGAACUGGUUCGUGAACAUCUCUCUGAGAUAAUUCCAAGAUUGUUACAGAUAAUUAAGCAGCAAGGUAGUGGCAAAGGAGCAGAGGUGAAGAUUAAAGCCUUUGAGUGUCUUAUGGGAGUUUCCAAAUAUGAGAUACAUUUACUACAACCUUUUAAGAAGGAAAUUAUUAAGGAAAGUUUGGUUGGAUUGGACGAUGAUAAGAGAAGCGUCAGGAAGUUGGCAUGUAAUUGUCGACAGGUUUACUACGAGCUAGGAGAAAGCGAAGAGUAG